AUGGGAGAUGACGCCGAGCGAGAUGAAGUUGAGAUGGUUUUAAUGAAUUUGUAUGAGGAUUUCAUCAUUCGUAUACCGAAACUAUUGAUCUGGAGGGAUGACUACGUGACUCCAUGGACCGGCUUCUCAUCGAUGAAUGCGAAACUUCUCUACAUUCCACAUUUAAAUAAAUGGCUUGACUUUUUAAACUCAAUCGAUACGUUUUUGAAACAAAGUGAAGACCUAAAUAGUCAUGCAAAUGAUAAGACUUUGCUUCUCAUUCACUACCAUCAGACCUAUGGCAAGAAUCUAGGCACCGGCCUUGAGCGGAAUCCAAAAGAAAAAUUCCAACAAAUCCAAGAGAUACUUCUAAGCUUUCCGAAUGUUUUUGAAGUGAUCAACGCCAUCAACUGCAAGCGCAAGUCGGCAGCCAUUCCCCCAGUCCUUCAACCAGCUCCCUCCCCAUCACCCGGUCAGAUCCCGCUG